GGGGGGGAGGAGGAGGAGGAGGAGGCGGAGGAGGAGGCGAUGGUGCCAUCAUGGCGUCAAUGCAGAAACGACUCCAGAAAGAACUUUUGGCUUUGCAAAACGACCCUCCUCCGGGGAUGACUCUGAACGAGAAGAGCGUGCAGAAUUCCAUUACGCAGUGGAUCGUGGACAUGGACGGCGCGCCCGGCACCUUGUACGAAGGGGAGAAGUUUCAGCUCCUGUUUAAGUUCAGCAGCCGCUAUCCGUUCGACUCUCCUCAGGUCAUGUUCACCGGCGACAAUAUCCCGGUCCACCCUCACGUUUAUAGCAAUGGCCAUAUCUGUUUAUCCAUCCUGACGGAGGACUGGUCUCCGGCUCUCUCGGUCCAGUCCGUCUGCCUUAGCAUCAUCAGCAUGCUCUCCAGCUGCAAAGAGAAGAGACGGCCACCGGAUAAUUCUUUUUACGUACGAACGUGUAACAAGAAUCCAAAGAAAACAAAAUGGUGGUAUCACGACGACACGUGUUGAUGGCACCGUCCGGGUCGGGUCGGGUCGCAGCGCGUCCCUCCUAGCAGAAGAUAGCCCUACUGAGAAAACGAGCACUUUGAUCAUUCAGUCUUUGAACUUUAACCUUUGACUGGAAGUGACCCAUAGGCAAUGAAGACUACUUCCUCUUACCGCAUUUCUACUCGCGUGCGUUCUGGGCGUGACGUGGAUCCCCGGCUCGGUCCGGGCAGCCGCCCGGGCUUCCACGAGCCGGUCAGACAGUAUUAACGCAGGGGUCGGGAAACGUCGGAAUAAUUCCAUUUUUUUAAUUCUUAUUUUUUUAAGCUUUUUGGAAAAAAGAAAAAACAAAAAAACCAACCUCCGGGUCCUCACGUAUCGUGCAAUAACGGCGGUUCCCUGCCGGGGUCCCCGGGGAGGGGGGCGCGGGCGGGGGUCCGCGGAGGUCGCGACGGAGAGCGCUCGGUCCUCCGGCCGAUCGGGGCGGGGCCUCCGGAGCGAGCUCGUCCGCCGGGGCUGGGGUUUUCCCGCGGGGAGAGGGAGGCCGGCCGGCCUUCCCCGGCCCCUUCCCGCCCCGCCGGCCCCCUCCCCGGCCUCUUUCUGUCCGGACUUUCUGCACUGUGAGCAGCCUCGACGACCGCGCGGAUCGAAAGGACCGUACCGUUAGGGCGACGGUUGCGUAUUUAUUGAGUCGUUUAUCUGCCGGCGAGAGGGUUUCGGCAGGGAGGGCUCUCUCUCUCUCUCUCUCUCCCUCCCCCGUUCUCUCUCCUUCCCGAGUAACCUCGGCCGAGCGGUACGGUAUCCGAUCCCCACGGUGAGAAUCAAAACGCCUUCGUCGGACGCGGCCCGUCUCUGAGGCCGAGGAAGGCCCGGCCGCCGGACGGAGGCCGGGUCUCGGAAGCGAGGAGGAGAGGCGGGCCCCGGCCGUCGGUACGUCGGAGCUCUUCCCCAGGAGGUUUUCCCGACGACGCCCGCCGGCCGUCGGCGUCACCCCCGCCGCCCACACGCCCGUCUCAGCUCCGUCUCCGAGAAGCCGGCGAUCCGUUCUCGGCCGCCGUCUCCCGCUUCCCCAGCCGGGUCGCCGGGUCUGAACGCCGCUGGCCGCGUCCCGAUCGGGGGGCCGGCCGAGGGGAGACGCAGAGAAAGCUUUGUCACGCACUAUCCUCUUUACCUGUAAGCAUCACCUUGUCUUUUAAUCCUGUACUCUAAGACAAAAACAAAGAAACAACAAAAAAAAAACCCAAACAUUUUUGACCGAGGCGUAAUGUUUUGACAGGGAAAACAAAAAGGAGGCGUGGACGCUGUUCUUUAAUUUAAAAUCUCAGACCCCAGGAUGAGAUGGGGGAAGAGUUCCUAUGCGUAUUUCUUUUUCUUCCCCUCGUUCGACCCUCGCGGUUUCUCCCGGAUGGGGUCGUUUUUGGUCUUUUCCUCGGAACGGCCUCCGAUCGCAAUUCGGUGACGGUUUCUCCACGCCACAGCAGGCCGGGUUGAAGAAUAGGUUCGUUGUCGCCGCUGGGUCCCGUCGACGAAAUUGCCCGCUGGGUUCUCUUUUUAGAAAGCGUCGAAAGUGUUUUAUAAACUACCUUUUCACUUAUGCAAAGAUCAGUUUCUACUACAUCGCCGUUUUUACUAAUGCCUUAUCGUUGCACUCUUGAGGGGAAAAACAAAACAAAAAGCGGCAGACGCGGAGACGUCUCCAUUUCGGGAAGAAGCGAGAGCUCCGGCCGGCUGAAAGCUGGGGCGCCUCUACCCGCCGCCGGGGUGCGGCGUCGGCCCGCAGAGAGUCCCACCGAAGCGACGGCGGGCUAGAAGACCCGACGGGACCCCGCCGCCCGGCGCGCCGUCCCCGCCACCCCCCACCCCCCUCCGCGUGCGAGACCCUCCGAAGACCGAGGCGACGGCGGCGUCCGCCGAGUCGUUUACCGUGACGAGAGGGCGUAGGAGACACACAGAGAGCCCGUCUUUCCUCAAGAUACCUCACUCUCGUGCAUCGGGAAGAGGGGGGCGAACCUCAGAAAUCUCCCCGUCACUUUAGGCCUCUGCCACCUUUCGGGGGGCGGGCCGGGGCGCCAAGCCAAAGGGAACCACCGAAGCGGGGAAGAUCGGCCGCUCGAGCUACCGCGCUUUCCUCGCUUCGCCUCUCCGCGCCUCCGUCCCCGCCGAGCGCCCUCGGACCCGCGCGAGCCGGGCUUUUCCAACGAGAAGCCCCCCCCCUUCGGAAGAUCCCCCCUGGGGGGGGGGCCCAGUGGGGUUCCGGAGGGGCGGCCGGCCCCUCCCCGCCCACGGAUCGCCUCCGCCGGACUCGCGGAGGUCGGGGCGGGGGGCUUCGCGGACGGGACGCGCCCGGGGAGAGGGCGGGGUCCCCUCCCUCCAGCCGAGCCGUCGGGAAGACGGGGGUCUCCCCGGUCCGGUCGGUGGGACGACGUCCGACGCCUCCGAGACGCAGCCGAAACCGCUCCCUUCCAGGGGAGGAAUUCGAACGUCACCGUUAGGGUUCCGACCGGGAGAAGUAACUUCGCUUUCUGUGCUCCGAAUAGCCGCCGCCUAAACUCCAGCGCUUCCCGCCUCCUCCCCCACCUCCCAAGCCGGGUUUUCUCCGUCCGUCCGAACCCCUCCGACGGCCCGGCCCGGCGGUCCUCCCCCGGAUCGCCCCGGAGACCGUUCUCGGCGGCGCGGUGGCCCGGAAGCUGGCCGAAAACCUCCGUACCGAAUCCCCGCCGCCGACGUUGGCGACCGGGAGCGGACUUCCGCUGGCGGCGGCCGAGGCCUAAAUCCGUUUGGACGGGAGCGGCCGGAAGGAACGAGGGACGGUUCUGUGCCGAAAACGUUUUCAAUAAAGAAUCCUAUGUCCUAGUCUGA